AUGUUGCCUAAGGAUCGUCCGAACCUGGCAAAUAAUACAAGGAUGGAUGACUUAUACCCAGGUGGAAGCAAUGAGUUUAGAUCCGAUGGCACUCGAUGCAAGCCGCCGCCAUCUACCAUGCACGGAUGGCUAGCAAAAAUGAGAGGAACUCUUCUUGGGGAUGAGGAUUUGAGGAGCAAGGGGAUGAAGGAAAUGCGAGACGCUCGAGCGUACAAGGCGGCCAGGAGGAAGAGGCAGCAAGCGAGAACUGGCCAGGGCCUCAUGUCGUUCUUCACCGUUGGCAGCUCUCGACGAACACACCCAGCUCGACAGCUCACAAGAGGCAGUCGGGGGAGCACCUCGACAAAGCCCCGACAAUUGACACGUAACCACCAAUCUAGCCACCAAUCCAGACCGUCAUAUAAGACCUCAAGGAGUUCAAAUACCACCCAACGCCCCACUCGAAUUACUCAGCCACGCCCUCGCCCCAGACCGA